CUAUGUUUAUAGCUGAAUCUUUACACACUUCGAGGUUUACACAGAUGUUAAUACAGUGCCUGAUAAAUGGUUCAGUUGCAUUUUAAACAGCAAUGGAUCCUACCAAUGCUGAUAGUGAUAGGCACUCCUGUCUUGAAAUCACGGAGGAUACUCAGGAUGUCUCAGUAAAUAGACGAACUAAUAGGCAACGUAGUUUCAGACAUCGAAGAUCUAUAAUACGUUUUAAAAGGGAAAGCAGAAUACCAUAUGAGGAUGAUUAUAACAGGCCUACUGCUUAUGGAGAAGUUAUAUUUGUAGGAGCUAUUGGUAGUUCUGCAACUCCCCCCACAAAAAAGUAUGUACGAUUGGAACAUGAUACAAACCCCAACAAAGUUGUUGAACUUCUAAGGGACGACUGGAAGCUUGGGGUACCUAAACUUCUCAUCUCCGUGACUGGUGGUGCCAAAAACUUCCGCAUGAACUCUAGGUUGCGAGAAGUGUUUAGGAAAGGACUAAUUAAAGCGGCACUCAGCACAGGAGCAUGGAUCAUUACCGGAGGCACCCAUGCAGGCGUCAUGAAAUAUGUGGGAGAUGCCGUGCGAGAGCAAGUGGAAGCAAGCGGAACUUUGAGUCGGAAUAAUGUUGUGGCCAUUGGAAUAGCAUCAUGGGGUGUGAUUGAUCAGAAAGAAAAACUAACCAAAGGCAAAAAUAAUGAUGACUGUUCCCUGGUAAAACGAAUAAUCAUCAAAAAACAUCCAGUAAUUUAUCACAUGGAUGUUAAUGGAAAUGUAAAGCUUGAUCCAAACCACACACAUUUCAUACUUGUCGAUAACGGUACUUCUGGCGUCUUUGGUGUUGAAAUCGAACUUAGGGCAAAGAUUGAGAAAGCUAUUUCAGAACAAAGAAUUGGUGAUGCUAACGAUGAGGACGUAUCUGUACCAACCGUUUGCGUGGCAGUGGAGGGUGAUCCCAAUACCAUCAUUACAGUGCACCAAGCGGUCAUGCAUGGUAUUCCAACUGUAAUUGUUGCUGGAUCCGGACGUGCUGCAGAUAUUUUUGCAUUGGCUGCACAAAGAGCGACAGAAGUUGAAGUUAAAGAUAACUGUGGCAGUAAAAAAAAAAAGAAAAUCAUCAGUGACAGCUUGAGGGUAGAAUUAGCAAAACGAAUCAAGAACAUUGAUGAAAAGGAAUUUGAUGAGCAGGACAUCGAGAGGCAUUUAAAUCGCAUACAAGAAUGUGUUCAGAAGACUAACCUCUUUAAUGUGUAUGACAUGGACUCACCAGUCGACAAAGAUAUUGACGAAGCUAUUUUACAUGCUUUACUGAGAGCUAAUAAAGGAAGCAAGCAAGACCAGUUGAAAUUGACACUUGUAUGGAAUCGUAUUGACAUUGCUAAGAGUGAACUUUUCACCGAUGACAAAGAUUGGAAGAAAGGAGAACUUUAUUCAGCUCUGCAUUAUUCCUUGGUGCAUAAUCAAGUAGAUUUCGUGAAGUUGUUUCUUGAGUGUGGCGUCUGUUUAAAGGGCUUUUUAACUGUACAGGAGUUGACUCAUUUAUACAAUGAGGUGAAAGAGAAAACACUUAUUUACAAGUACUUGAAUAAACAGAAAGGAAAGGAUACAAGAAAGUUUAAUCUGGCUGAUGUUGGGAAGAUAAUUGUAGAGAUGACGAUGGAUUCAUACGAGCCGCUUUACCUCACAGACCGUUACUUUCCAAAAUCACCGACAGACAUCUCAGGUCGAAAUUCAAAAGGAAACCCUAACACAUUUGAUAACCCGAUUCGUGAGCUUUUGAUCUGGUCGGUUCUACAAGGUCGUGAAGAAAUGUCUCAUUACUUUUGGGAAGAGUGUGAAGAGAUGUUAGCUGCUGCCCUCACCUCCUGUAUCAUCCUCAAGAAUAUGUCGGAAAAAGAGGAGGAUGUUGACCGUAAGGAGCACCUGUCUGAAUUGUCAGAUGGAUUUGAAGACUUUGCCAUUGGAGUUCUUAAUGAGUGUUACAACGAAGACGAAGAGAGAACUUCUAUUAUUCUGCUUCGGGAACUUGACCAGUGGGGAAAUGCUACAUGUUUGAGUUUGGCUGUUAAUGGCACAAUGAGAAGGUUUGUCAGUCAGCAAGGAGUCCAGCAUUUGAUGUCGGAAAUUUGGAUGGGAAAACUUUCGAAUGAAAAUUCAAAGUUCAUAUUGACACUGUGUGUUGUUUGUCCACCUCUCAUAUGUUUUCUCAUCAAAUUCCGGGAAGAUGAGAGUAACAAAGCAGAUGAUACCAACUUAGAAACGGGAUCAAAAUGCAAGAAACCAAUUGGAGGUAUUAAUCAAGAGCAGGAUAACUACAAGGAUGAAAAUGAUGUUGACAUUCGUAACAGUGGCAAAAAACUCUCCUCGUAUCAACGGUUCAAACUUUUCUAUGCUUCUCCAACAAUUAAGUUUGCACAUAACGUGAUAUCUUACUUUUUAUUCCUAGUGCUUUUCAGCUACAUCAUGUUAAGCUAUUCCGAAAAAAUGUCAGUUUGUCAAUAUGUUCUUGCAUUCUGGAUGAUAACACUAUUUACUGAAGAGUUCCGACAGAUUGCACAAGGAGAGUUUCAUGGAUGGCGGUUGCGCCUCUUAUUUUGGAUCACUGACUACUGGAAUAUAGUGGAUCUAGCAUCCCUGAUUUUGUUCACCGUCGGAUUCACAAUGCGAUUUUAUAAAGAAACGUUUGCUGCCUCUCGUGUCAUUCUUGCUAUUGACCUCAUGAUCUUUUACAUUCGCCUUUUGCAUGUUUUUUCUGUCAAUCAAAAUCUUGGACCCAAAUUGAUCAUGAUUGGCAAAAUGAUGGUGGAUCUAGCAUUCUUUAUGUGUAUAUUAUUUGUGUUCCUGGUAGCAUACGGCGUCGCUUCCCAAGCCAUUAUGUUUCCAAACAGAGAUGGAUUUAUACCAGUGAUCAGAGGAAUAUUCUUUCAUUCAUACUUCCAGAUGUAUGGAGAACUUUUCCUGGAGGACAUCAUAGGGAUGUAA